AUGGAAGCAGGAGAAGAUAACAAUUUUGUUUCAUUUGACCCACCAUUAUGGAGACAAAGACGAGGAGUUGUCGUUGAAACUUUACAAAAUAGUGGAGUAACUUCGGUAUUUGAUUUUGGAUGUGGAGAGGGAGCACUUUUAUCUUUUCUCAUCCAACCUUUUGAAGAUUCACCAAUUACGCAACUUGCUGGUGUUGAUAUAAGUCACGAAACUCUUACAACAACUGUGAAAGAUUGUUCUCCUUGGGAUAUUGAUAAGCAAUUCUUGAGGCUUACUCCAUUAACUGUAGAUAUAUAUCAAGGAAGUAUCGAUGUGGCAGAUCAAAGAUUACUUGGAUACGAGGCACUUAUUUGUAUGGAAGUAAUAGAACAUGUUGAUCCGCCCGUGUUAAAUAAAUUCUUUGAUAUAGUAUUUGGUACUUAUAAACCUAAAAUUGUAAUAGUUUCGACACCUAAUGUAGAAUUCAAUAUUUAUUUUCCACAAUUAAAAUAUGGAACACCUGAGGCUACGUUAAGAAUCGAAGAUCAUCGUUUUGAAUGGACAAGGCGUGAAUUUCAAGAAUGGGCUAAUUGUGGAGCAGCAAAAUAUAAUUAUUCUGUAGAAUUUACAGGAGUUGGAACGAUAAAAGAUGGUGAUCCAACCGUAGGAACUGCCACUCAAAUCGCAAUUUUUCGAGAUUUAAAUCCAUCAUCUAAACCAUUGUUAACAUCAUUUGGAACGUAUAAUCACAUCAAGACAAUUGAAUUUCCUUUUUAUGAUGAACCAGAAAAAAGUACUGAAGAAAUCCUUUCAAAACUUCAUUAUUAUUUACAAUUCCUAUGCAAUAGAGUGUUAGAUAGUUAUACGAGUGAUGUUGAAGUUGUUAAAAGUUCACGGCAACAAAAAUAUGACUCAAAUCAUAUUAGAGUUCAAGAGAUUUGGGAUAUUCAUGAAAUGAGACAACUUUGCAAAACUAAAUAUAAAUUACUUGAUAUAUUGAGAUCAAGUUCAGACUUUACAUUGAUAAAUGAUAAUGAAGAAAUGAUUAAUUCGUAUUCUCAUCAUGAAGAACAACCAAAUUGGAUUACAACAUCCGAUGCGACAAAUGAAUGGCAAAUUUCUAUUAAUAAUGGAUGGGAUUGUGAAAACGGUGAAGAAGAUAGAGGUUGGGGUGAUGAUUAUAUCUCAAGUAGUAAUGGUGGUGUAAUGAAAUAA